UUAUUGAUUACUUCUGAAAUCUUACAUGGGUAAACUUAUUGAGCGGAUUGGAAUGUUUCUUUCUUCUAGGGUGACAGGCACUGAUUGUGUGUUUUUCUGCAAAUGAAAUGUGGAUAUGUGCCAUAUUAUCUUAGAAAUGGCUUCACCGAGGACAUUUCUGAGGAGGCUGAAGACAGAAUUAUAGCCAUAGUGAGCUGCUUCAUUGUAAUUCUGAGGAAUGUUUGUUUGAACAGUAACUAGUCGAAUACCUUGCAACCCUUCACUUCUAUUAAUGGCUUAAGCACUCCAACAGAUGGCGCCCUUGUCUUUCAUCAUGCCUUUCGUUUCUCAGCUACGAUUUGUAACUCAAGUAGUCAGACAAGCAGAUGUCCUCUGCAUCCGCAUCACGACGGUAGAUACUAGAAUCCAUUCCUCCUCUAAGCGAACAGGUUCUGGUGAUGCAAGACUUCAGAGCAAUUCUUCAUGCACAAAAUAGAGGAUUAAGGAUGGGAUUUAAUGCCACAAGAUCUUUUUACUUCUCCGCUUAAAAGGAUCCAUGCGAGGUAGGCGUAGCUGUAAAUAAUCAACGGGCCAAGCUACCUAUGCACAAACGCAAAUACGUUAUCUGAAGCUCCUUCUUUUAUGACUCACAGUAACUUCAAUGCAUUUCUUUUGCUUAUCGUGCAGAUAUUAGCAUCGGCUCGAUGGAAUCAUUGUACCAUUAUUUCCCUCUAGUCACAAUUCUGGGGUGUUUAAUUGCACAAGGAAAUUGCAUCAAAUGCUAUAUCUGUAGUUAUUCACCAGAUGACAGAAAUAACAGAACUGACAAAUGCUCGGAAGAUAAAUUCCAGCAUCAGAAUGCGUACAAUGAUGAGUGCGAAUACGCCUGUGAAUCUGUUGUUCGAUAUGAUGCAAAUGAUGAGCUGGAGCAAUGGUGGAGAAAUUGUCUUCAUCAUGGUCAAAAGCUGACAAAUGAUUGCCAGACUGAACAGUCUGCAGGCUGGAGGCUUGUUCGUUGUACUUGCGAUAAAGAUUUAUGCAAUGAUUCAGUUGUGCUUCAAUCAAGUGCUGUACCCAUUGCUGUUUUUAUGGUCGUGAUGUUAUGGAAAUGGUACACAAGGUUAUAGUGAUUUCAUUUUAGAAGAUAUUUGGGUAUCAGUACUUUCAUCAAAAGCAUAAUGAUGCUGUUACAUUUAACUUUUUCAAACAGAAUUAUUAUUUCAAUUGUUAAGGUAAAUAUAAGGGUUUUUAUAAGAAGUCAAUUGUUAAAAGUGGUAAAAUUAUUAGAAUUGUGUGACGUGCAUAACUUUUUACACUAAUUUUUUCUUGAGCAAUAUAUCAUUCUCUACUAGCUGUUAACAAUCACUAGUUAGAUAAAUUUUAGAUGGAGCACAGUUUUCUAAGAAGGAAAGUUUUGUAUUUAUUCUAAUGAUUUUUCAUUUUAUUCUUAUGGGGAAUAUUUUCAUCAUAUCUUGAAGUAAAUUGUAGGAAUGUAGAGUUUCUAGUCACUCCCAAUGAAGAAUGUUUGUGCUUUUGAUUCACACAUGUUUUUCUAUGUAUAUUAGGUAAUUAUUAUUUUAAACUACUUCCAGUGCUAUAACUUAAAUUUCUGCAACAUCCCAGUCUAAUGUAUGUUAGAGUUUGGAAGCAGUAUGAGACAAAAAUAAUUAUUUUGGUUAUUUCUUAAAUUACCAAAAUUUUUAAUAAGAAGAAUGGUUUACAUGUAAUGUAGAAACAUAUAUAUUUCUCAGUCGAUCAACCAGUACUUAUUUCAAAUCAUAGUGCUUUGAACUUCAGCAACGCACAUAUAGAAUGAUCUGCUAUGCGUGUUAUUGUUGUACUGUCUGUGCAUGUAUACUACUUAUAUGUGAUAUGUAUGAUCAUAGGAUGACGUGUGAACUUACAUGUGUCCUCUGCACAGCAAUUUGUAAACUGUAUUGCUUUGCAAUGUGUUGCCGGAAGGCAACAGCUUAUACUUUGGGAACAAUCCCUCUCUGUUGUUUAAAUUCAAUACCCAGAAUAAUCAUUUGUAAAAUAUUUAUCAAAGGGCUUGAAUUUUUACUGUAAAUGUUAUUUAUUGAGCAUUGUGAAAUGCUGAAUAUAUUUUUAUGCUAUAGCUUCAGCUAGCAUUUUUAAAGCACAGUCAGCAUCUGUAUUUCAAGUAGGCUGAAAUAUAUACGCAGUGAAAAUUAAUGUAAAGAAAUUAUAUGCAUGAAAAUUGUUCCCUUCAAAGAAAGAUUUUCAUCAUUUUAUGUUAAGAAUGAAAUUUUUUGUUAAUUGAUCUCUUAUAUCCACAUUAGAUUUAAAAUCUCCAUUAUGGAUGUGACAUUUGUUAUAUUUUAGUGUGUUUUAAAGGUUGAAGAAUUUAUACCAUCUUUAUCAUGCAUUUAUCAAAAGUGUUUAUUGAAACAUUAAAACUAAUUUAAAAAUAUAUUGAAAUUCAUAAAAUGUAUUUUUGACAACUCUAAGAAACAGUAUAAAUUUGUACAACUUUUUAUGCGCGAAUGGUCCAACUUGGCAAAUGCUUAUAUAUUUCUUUUUGUCAAUAUUGCUAUUGUUAAGCAGUGUAUUGAAUUAUGGCCUUAAUGAGAAUAUACUGCGCUUUGUAAAAGCAAAAUAUUAUUCACCAAACUGUUGAAUGUUAUACUUCCUUAUUUCCAUUUCUUGUACGCAUGAUGGAAGUAAAUUUGAUGUGUAAUAAUGUGCAGCUUUCAUUGUAUAGCAAAUAAAGUUAUCCUUUCGAUUUUCAA